ACACACGACCUCCCUUCCGUGCAGAGAGGCUGGGCGGCCUGGCCUCUCCGCCGAAGCUGGUCCUCUCGCUGGGUGGCCGGCGCUCCCACGGCAUCGGGGGCGCCUUGGUGCUGGAAGAACGAGUUUUUGCUAUGUAUUGGUGUGCUAAAAGGAGAGAAGGAGGGAGGAGGAAGAAGAGGUGGAAGAGAUGAAUAUGGCACAAGAAGAGAGGGAAAGGAGAUCAGUCACGUGUGUUGUUGAAGAUAACGAAGGUUUUUGAGAAGAUCGGGUAUGGCGCUGGGACCUUCACUGAGAACUUCACUGAUAGCUUUCCGUUGUGUAAUUAUCGAGUUGUUUAUUAAAGCAUAUUUCUCCGUUUCUUUCCCUUUCGAAUUUGAGUCUGGCAAUGGCACUAAUGACGGUAGUGACAACGACGAUAAUAAAGUCCAAGAUGAUGAUAAUAAAGAUGAUGACGGUGGUAAUGACGUAGAAGAUGAUAAUGGUGGUGCCAAUGGGGAUGUUGACGGUACUGAUGAUGGCAAUGACGAUAAUAAUGAUAAUGAUGAUGACAAUUUCAAUGAUAAUGAUGAUGUCGCUGGGGAUGAUAAUGAUAAUGAUGAUGGCAAUGACAGUGCUGAGGAUCAUACAGAUGGCUAUGACAGUGACGAGGAUCAUGCAGAUGGCUAUGACAGUGACGAAGAUCAUACAGAUGGCUAUGACAGUAACGAGGAUCAUGCAGAUGGCUAUGACAGUAACGAGGAUCAUGCAGAUGGCUAUGACAGUAACGAGGAUCAUGCAGAUGGCUAUGACAGUAACGAGGAUCAUGCAGAUGGCUAUGACAGUAACGAGGAUCAUGCAGAUGGCUAUGACAGUAACGAGGAUCAUGCAGAUGGCUAUGACAGUGGCGAGGAUCAUGCAGAUGGCUAUGACAGUGACGAGGAUCAUGCAGAUGGCUAUGACAGUGACGAGGAUCAUGCAGAUGGCUAUGACAGCGACGAGGUUCAUGAUAAAGAUGACAUUAAUGGUGAUGGGGAUGAUAACUAACGAUGAUGAGGAUAACCUCGACAACACUCGCAAAACAAAGAUAAUGACCAGCUUACGAAGAUUAUCCUGAUCACGGCAACGGAAGAUAUGAACAAAAGAAGAAGAAAAUGAAUGAAAUAUGAAUGGAAGAACACAGCGUCUGUGGACCAUGGAAUUUAACUGACUUUUUCUUUCUUUGUCUUUCAUUACUGAUAAGGGUAAAAUAAACUCACCACACCUUC